AAGCCCGAGCUGAAAGCCCACCGCUGCAGAUCCAAUAUCCUCUACAUACGCAAAAACCUUAACUCUGAUUUGGGGAUGCUCGUACCUAUACUGAAGCCAUUGCCGAGCACAGAGGACCUGCCAAACCCAGCUUCUGGUGGUAGUAAUACGGCCAUAAAGACAUGCCAAUUAGUUUUGUCAGAUCAUUGAGAAACAUUACCACCAGCAAGGAGGUGGUUCGAGCGUUGGGCUGCCGAACAUUUGCUGCUGGGGCUAAAGCAAAGAAAGGCUCUAAAGGUGGUGCUGCUGCCGAUGCUCCAAAAGCAUCGCUACUGAGCAAAGAAGUAAAAUCCACUACAGUUUUUGGCGCCAAUAUCCUCAAAGAUGGGCAAGACCCAAAAAUCUUGCCCGAUUCUGAGUACCCAGAUUGGUUGUGGCACUUGCUGGACAAACGCCCAGCUCUUAGUGAGCUAAGGAGGAAAGACGUAGAGUCUCUUCCAUAUGAGGAUCUGAAGCGGUUUGUGAAGCUGGACAACCGAGCACGGAUUAAGGAGAAUAAUUCUCUAAAGGCAAAAAAUUAAGAGGAAAUUUUGUAUGGAGAAAUUAGUGCUUUUAUUGACCAUUGGUUUUUCUGUUGCACCAAGGUGCAUCGGUUAAUGACUUGUUUCAGAGUGAUUGUGAAGAUUACAGGCAGAAUUCAGGAUGUUUUUCAGCAUUAGCAGCUCCCAUUCUUGAAUAUGGAGUUUGAUAAAGGAAGUUCUCAUUAUUGCUGGACUGAUGAUUGGCGUUUCUCUUUAA